AUGGCCGAUCACCCCGAACUGCACGAGACCGGAGUUGCAGCCGACCAGACAGGCAGCAGCGAGCAUGAAAUUCACCAGCAAGAUACUUCCUCAGCGAAUCCGCGUUCUGCCUCACCCUCCAGCGGCCUAGAAGGGGCUUACGUCCCAGAUCUGGCGAGCCGCACAUACAACAUGACGCCUGGAAAUCUCGAGAACAAGAGCUCUGAGGCUGGAUCUCCACGGUCAUCUCUGUCGAAACGGUCAGAGGAGUUUUGUCCACUCGAUCUACCUCGCACAAAUCUGCCGCCCCCCCAAUUUGCAGCGGCAGUUCAAUCUUCCCUUGAUCCACAAGAGGGAACAAAAGAUAUCACUAUUGCGGUCUCGGAAGAAGGAGUCGGGUCAAGAGCUGAGCACCAAACUCGAGACAAUGAAUCGCAACGACGAAAGGAUAUUUAA